ACCCUUUUCUAGUGGGCCACUUUUUCUUUCUCGCCCAGAAAGGAAGAGGUUCUACUUCAGAUUUCACCUCUCCACUUCCAGAAAAAAAUCCCAAAAAGCAAAAAAAAGUAAAACUCACCCCUUCCCCUUUGUUUGCGAACAGUGAUCACGCAGUACCUCCAAAUUCCCGGUGCAGUAUUCACGAUUACGCCUCCCUCCCUCUCGGCUUUCCGCCAUUCCUUUUCCUCGUGAGAAGCUCGCUCGCGAGUUCGAUUCUUUGCGCGUGAACGGAAACGGCCACGCGUUCGGCCUUCCGUCGGAGGAAAUGCUGUCGGCGGGGGCGAUGGCGGUUGAAUGUUAGAGUAAAUCGACGAUGACGGUAGUAGUGUUAGGGUUAAGAACCGAUGGGAGCGGGAAUGGCCAAGGAGGCGUCGAGGUUUAUUAGCUCGAUACCGCCGGCCAACCUGGCGCUCUUACAGCAACCGAACGGUAAAGUGAGCACCGCCACCGCCGCCGCUGGCGGAGGAGGAAAGGUUCAGAGUAUUCAUCAUCAACAGCAGCAGCAUAAUGAGUGGUGCUUGUGGCGAGGGAGGUGGAGAUCCUCUGCGGCACAGGGAAUAAUGCAGCGGAGGAAGAUCCCGUGGUCGUUAAUCUGCGGCUUGAUGCUGUUCGCGCUCGGGAUGGUUUCGCUCUUCACUGGACAUAUGGCCUCUGAUCUCGAGUGGUACUCUCAGCGGCUGGUAAAGCGUAGCCUCUACUCCAGAUUCAAUGUUAUUCGACGAGAACCUAUCGAUAUUUGGAGAUCCAAGUACUCGAAAAUGUUCUACGGAUGCAGCGAAAGAGGCCGCAAAUAUGCUCCUGCCACAUCUGAACGGAAAUCUAAUGGAUAUCUUCUUAUAGCAGCAAGUGGAGGACUUAACCAAGAAAGAACAGGAAUAACUGAUGCUGUAGUUGUUGCGAGGUUUCUUAAUGCUACACUAGUUGUUCCUGAAUUGGAUCACCAUUCUUAUUGGAAAGAUGAUAGUGAUUUUGUUGAUAUAUUCGAUGUCGAUUGGUUCAUCUCGUACCUUGCGAAAGAUGUCACAAUUGUCAAAAGAGUUCCAGAUAAAGUUAUGCGAUCAAUGGAUAAGCCUCCAUAUACAAUGCGCGUACCCAGAAAGUCCCCACCCGAAUAUUAUAUGGAUCAAGUUUUACCUAUAUUAUUGAGGAGACAAGUUGUGCAGUUGACGAAGUUUGAUUAUAGGCUUGGCUAUGAGCUUGAUGAAGAAUUGCAGAAGUUGCGGUGCCGUGUUAACUAUCAUGCUCUGAGAUUCACAAAGCCAAUACGUGAAGUUGGCCAAAAGAUUGUUAUGAAAAUGAAAACAAUGGCUACACGCUUCAUUGCUAUUCACUUGAGAUUUGAACCGGAUAUGCUUGCCUUUUCUGGAUGCUACUUUGGAGGUGGUGACAAAGAAAGAUUUGAGCUGAGUCAAAUAAGAAAAAGAUGGGACACAUUGCCAGAUCUAAGUCCCGAAGACGAGAGGGCAAGAGGGAAAUGCCCUCUCACACCUCAUGAAGUAGGAUUGAUGCUUCGUGCAUUGGGUUUUGCUAAUGACACAUACCUCUAUGUCGCAUCUGGAGAAAUAUAUGGAGGAGAAGAAACUCUGCGACCCCUGAAAGAACUGUUCCCGAACUUUUACACCAAGGAGAUGCUUGCUGACCAAGAGCUGAAACCUUUACUUCCUUACUCUUCCCGCUUGGCUGCUGUGGACUACAUUGUCUGUGAUGAGAGUGAUGUCUUUGUCACAAACAACAAUGGAAACAUGGCUAAGAUUCUUGCUGGACGAAGGAGGUACGCAGGACACAAGAGAACAAUUCGGCCGAACGCUAAAAGGCUGAGUGCAUUGUUCCUGAAAAGACAGAAAAUGGACUGGGAAACGUUCUCCAAAAAGGUAAAAUCAUGCCAGAGAGGGUUCAUGGGCGAACCGGAUGAUGCGAAACCUAGCAAGAGUGAGUUUCACGAACACCCUGCUUCGUGUAUCUGCGAGAAGCCAUUCACUGAGGACGGUAACUUCAAGGAAGAACCCGCUUACUCACAGAACCGGUCGUCUCUCAACCCGAACGCUCGACGACAGCAAUAAAGAGGAUUUGUCUUCAGGAGAGGCUAAGGAUGAUGUUGAAGGAAAAGCUGAUGCCAAGGAAAUGCAACAGCAGAAGUAGUAAGCCAUUUUUUUGCUGAGAGACUUGAGAUUCACUCAUUCCGAGUACAGACAACUGUGCAUACCAGUGGGAACUCUCAUUCGCAUCGCCAUGAUCGAGAAGCAGCCUGCUGAGAACACUCUGGUUGUGUCUUCUUCUUCUAGUGCUUAGCUUCUGUAGGCAGAUUGUGGACGGAUGAGUGGUUGUACAGGAGAAGACUUUUGGUGAGUUGCAACUGUUCAUAAAAUUAGUUUUUGGUAGGUAAAAUGGUGUGAUGCUCGCUACAAAGAUUGACGUGGGUGCUUACUUUUAUUCUAUUUCGGAAGUAAAGGAUGAGCUAGUCGCUGCAUGGUAAACACAACGAGAAAUCCAUGGUUUAUAGCAAACAAUUCAACCUU